AUGGGUUUUAUUAGGGUCGGUUGGGAGCACAUUUUGGCGAUGCAAACCUACUCUGACCGGUUUCGUGUUUACCGUAAAGCGAUGCAACCUUAUCUCGGUUCAGAGACAGCUAUAGCGCAGUAUAACUCAUUACAAGAGAUUGAGGUCCAUCGCUUCCUAUUACGUGUUCUAUUACGUUUUCUUCAAGACCCGUCAAAGCUUUCCCAGCAUGUUCAGACGGAAGCCGGGGCUGUUAUUUUGAAGAUUGCAUAUGGCUAUAGCAUUGAGCAGCAUACGCGAGACCCACUGGUCGAUAUGGCGAACCUUGCCCUAGAGCGCUUUUCCUUAGCUGGGACGCCAGUUGUGUGGCUAGUGGAUAUGUAUGUUCCAGCCUGGUUCCCUGGGGCUGCCUUUAAACGCACUGCACAGGAAUGGAAGAAGCAGCUCGAAAAUGUCGUGGAUAAGCCAUACGCCUUUGUUCAACGACGUAUGAAUAGUGGGAAGUUCCAGCCGUCUUACCUUUCGAAUCUAUUCAAGGCGUCAGGAUAUCCACUAGUUGGGUCCGAGGAAGAGAUUAUAGCAAAGUGGACCGCGGGGUCUCUUUAUACUGGCGGUGCUGAUACAACCGUUUCCUCCAUUGAAACCUUCUUCUUGGCUAUGACCCUCUUCCCUGGAGUGCAACGCAAGGCUCAGGAGGAGAUUGAUCAAGUAUUGGGAGGCCGAUUACCUACAGUAGCCGACCGAGGCAAGCUUCCAUAUGCCGAUGCUAUUGUGAAAGAAGCACUUCGAUGGCAUCCAGUGGCACCUAUGGGAAUCCCACAUGUGUCUGUGGAGGAUGACCUGUUAAAUGGCUUCUAUAUCCCGAAAGGAUCGUUAAUCAUGCCUAAUAUUUGGGCAUUGACACAUGAUUCCGAAGUUUAUCAUGACCCUAUGGUAUUCAAACCGGAGCGGUUCCUGGGAAUCGACGGACGAGAGCCCGAGAUGGAUCCACAUGCGGUUGUUUUUGGAUUUGGGCGUCGUGUUUGCCCCGUUUAUCUCAGCAUUGCUCGGUCUCUUGCAGUGUCUAAUGUUGAUAAAGCGUGUGAGGAUGGUAAAGAAGUCGAAGUCAAGCCGGAAUUUCAGGCAGGUGUUAUUAGCCAUCCAGUUCCCUGGAAGUUCAAUGUCACAACGCGAAGCCCAGCCCAUGAAGCUUUGAUCUUAACAGUGGAGAAGGAACAUCCUUGGGAGGAAAGCGAUGCCCCCGAUUUAGAGAAUGUUUCAGACCAUUCGCUUCAAGGUUAA